AUGCAACAGCACCCGAUUGCACAAGUGGCAUACGAUUCAAACGACACUGAAGGAUAUCAAUCAGAAGCUCGCCAAGUGGUGAUUUUACCCUAUCUGAUAAGCAAACGCCACAAUCACAUUUGCAUCACCCCAGAAUUACCGCCCGCCAUGGACGCCGAAAUCAGAUCGGUCGUGCCGAACAUCGACCCCGUGAUUUCCGAGUACUCGGCCGGCUACCUGACCCAUGCCUCCACAGCUUGGUCCGGGUCCGGGGACGAGGAGGCCACCGGUCCGUCUCCGCUCGACGAGGCUGCCAUUGCUAUCACCGACCUGCUCGUCUCUGCCUCUGGCAACCCCAGCCCUGCUCAGCGAGAGAAGAUCCAAGGUCUCGUUCAGAAGUGGGUGGACAAGUAUGCUGCCGCCACCGACAAGCUCGAUAGGAGAGGCCCUGCCGUCCGGCGUCUGGACCAGACCAUUCAAGUGAGCUCGCAAAGGAACAUGUCCUCGACUCUUGCCGUCGCCACUGGUGGUGUUGAUCUGGAGUCGGCCAAUGUCAGGAAGGUCGAGUCCAAGGUCGAUAAGAAGAAGCUCGAGAAGGCCGAGAGGAAGAUUGCCGCCAAGCAGAGCAAGAAGACCUACAAGACGGUCGAGUAUGAGGCUUCGCGCCUCCUUAACCAACCAGAUAACACUCAGUCGUAUGAGGAUUUCUACAUGGCUGUCAACCCGCUGCAGCUGGGUGGUGCCCAGAGCGGCAAGUCCAAGGAUAUCAAGAUCGACAACAUCGAUGUCUCGAUUGGUGGCAGCAGAAUCUUGACCGAUACCACUUUGACUCUUGCCUAUGGUCACCGCUACGGUCUCGUUGGUAACAACGGUGUGGGUAAAUCUACUCUUCUGAGAGCUCUGUCUCGAAGAGAGGUUCCUAUCCCGACUCAUAUCUCUAUUCUGCACGUCGAGCAAGAGAUUAUGGGUGAUGAUACCCCAGCCUUGCAGGCCGUGUUGGAUGCCGAUGUUUGGCGCAAGGUGUUGUUGAAGGAACAGGCCGAAAUCACAACGAAACUGGCAGACAUCGAAGCCCAGCGUUCUGGUAUGGCAGACACUGCAACGGAUGCCGCGAGACUAGACAAGGCCCAUGGAGCCCUUGACAGCCGGCUUGGUAUCCAAACCAAAUUGUGCCGUGCUCGAACAACUGGUGUAUUAGCCGAAAUGGAGUCCGAUAAAGCGGAAUCCAGGGCUGCCAGUAUUCUGGCUGGUCUUGGUUUCUCACCUGAAAGACAGCAGUUUGCCACCAAGACAUUCUCUGGUGGUUGGCGUAUGCGUCUGGCUCUUGCUAGAGCUCUUUUCUGCGAGCCUGAUCUUUUGCUUCUCGACGAACCGUCCAACAUGUUGGACGUUCCGUCUAUCACCUUCCUUUCCAACUACCUUCAAGGCUACCCCAGCACCGUUCUUGUCGUAUCUCACGACAGAGCCUUCCUCAACGAGGUGGCAACCGACAUCAUUCAUCAACACUCCAUGCGUCUCGACUACUACCGUGGUGCCAACUUCGAGUCCUUCUAUGCCACCAAGGAGGAGCGGAGAAAGGUGGCCAAGAGAGAGUACGAGAACCAGAUGGCACAGCGUGCCCAUCUCCAAGCCUUCAUUGACAAGUUCCGUUACAAUGCCGCCAAGUCAUCGGAAGCUCAAUCCCGUAUCAAGAAAUUGGAGAAGAUGCCUGUUCUCGAGCCUCCUGAGGCUGAGUACAGCGUGCACUUCAAGUUCCCAGAUGUCGAAAAGAUGACCCCACCAAUCGUCCAAAUGUCCGAGGUCACCUUUGGCUACACACCAGACAAGAUUCUUCUCAGAAAUGUUGAUUUGGAUGUUCAGCUCGACUCCAGAAUUGGUAUUGUUGGACCCAACGGUGCUGGUAAGACAACAAUUCUCAAGCUUCUCAUCGGAAAGCUACAGCCCACAUCCGGCACCAUCACUCAGAACCCUCGUCUUCGUAUUGGCUUCUUUGCCCAGCAUCACGUUGAUGCUCUUGAUCUCAAUGCCAGUGCCGUCACCUUCAUGGCCAAGACCUACCCUGGCAGGACGGAUGAAGAGUACCGUCGCCAGCUGGGUGCCUUUGGCAUCACUGGCACAACUGGUCUGCAAAAGAUGGAACUUCUUUCUGGUGGUCAAAAGUCUCGUGUUGCUUUUGCUUGUUUGGCGCUUACCAACCCUCACAUCCUGGUUCUGGAUGAACCUUCCAAUCACUUGGAUAUUGAGGCCAUGGAUGCCUUGUCCGAGGCUCUACAGCAGUUCCAGGGCGGUGUGCUGAUGGUUUCUCACGACGUUACGAUGUUGCAGACAGUGUGCACGUCGUUGUGGGUGUGUGAUAAUGGCACGGUGGAGAAGUUCCCUGGUGAUGUCCAGGCUUACAAGAAGAGGAUUACUGCACAGGCCGAUGCAGCUGGUGUUGCGAAGCAGCUCCUUUAA